AAAAGAACUUGAUUGUAGGGGUUGGGAUGCUGCAGAUACAAGGUCACAUUGUCCCAUAAUUAUUGUUAGUCUCCUUAAUAACCAUUGCUCAUGUCUUACCACAUAUCAAUGUGAUUAUCAGGUAAACCUUUUGGGAUGCAGACUCCAAAGCUAAAAUGUAGUCAAACAGCAUCUCAGACCCAAGCAGAGAUUUCUCCUAAUUCCUCAUUAUCUACUGACCUGAUGGCCUCAGAAAUGUAUCUGAAAAAUGCCUUGGUGUAUGCCUUGUUCUGUUACUUUACAAACUUCACAAAACACUUCUACAUUGGAACAGGUUAUUUAAGUCAAACUGAAUUUGUGUCCCAUGUCAUGGUCACUCUUACUUGACUCAGAACAAAGUGUCUCUUAUUCCCGUUGAGAUGAGAGCUGCUUUGUGUGGACAGAAGUCAGAUUCAAGUGCAGGAGGAGGCCUUGCAUGACAGAGCCCAGGCAUUGACAUGGUUUUCUUAGGCUGGAAGCUAAUAUCCCAGGGUCCCCAUAACCACUGUGGCCAAAAGGGAAUGGCGUUCACCUCUUAGGUCUGGUUUGUUCUUAUCCCUUCCUGGAGCUUGUCACCCUGGGCGAGUGAGGAUGGAUGAAGUCUGAUGCUUACACAGAACUACCCAUCUACAGACGACUAAGUGCAAUCUAGGGUCCUGACAAAGGGUACAUAGCAGGGUCUGAAGGGGACACUUAGGACCUCAGCCAUUAUAGUCUUAGGGUCAAACUAUAAAAAGGAGUGUGCACAGCAGGUCAGGGAUACCAUGGUGCAAGACUAGGCCAUUUGGACUUUCCCUUUGGAAAUUCCAUGCUUGUUUCUCAGGAUACUUCAGAACUUUUGUCAAAUGAAGCCAAGCCUGCAAGUCUGCGCAGGCGCACUAGUAAUGGGCGGAGCCCUGCGUCGGGGGCGGAGUUAGGGGUGGGGCCUUCUCUGCGCGGGCGGGGCCGAGUGGCCUUCCGCGGGUGUUGCUCCUGAAGCCACCCGCGUAUGAGUGCCGGUAUCGUGGCCAUCCCGAGGCCCACAAAGCAGGACGCCGGGAGCGCGGCGGAGGGGCACUGCGGCUCGCUCCCGGCUGGACGCGGGAGGAAGUCACAUCCGGUAGGGGCGGGCUCGUGGAUUCCGGAAGUGCAGGCAGCGGCUGAUUGCCCGUGGCGGCGGCUCCGGUAGGUGAGCACCGCUGGGGAGGGUCUUGGGCAGCGGCGGACGGUGGCGAACCGUGCUGGGGGCGUUGCCGGCGAGCUCUGAAGCCUUCCGCCGGCUGGGUUCCUGGCCGAGGCCAGCGAUUGGGCACAAUGGGCGCGUGACUCCCUGUGGGCCUGCGCCCCUGCAGCACGGUGGGAGGGAUGGAAGGUGGGAGGCUGUCCUCUCCGGUUGCCUCAGCCCCGCCCCCUCCCACCUAUCCGCUAACGCCACGCAGUCCUUCACCCUCUGUAGGAGUAUCUUGUGGUCACUAUGUCAUUGAGAACCUCUUUGCCUCUUGUACGGUUUGGGAAACUGAGGCCUGCGUGUAUUCUGACUUGCCCCAGCGAUAUAGUGGAGUUGGAGGGACUCUGACCUUUGUUUUGCUGGCCUGUGUCUUUCCCCAGGGUAGCAAUAGGUGGGGUUCUUCCUCUUUCUUCUGGAUCCCGACUUGGAUGUCCAGCAUGGCUGAGCCAUCCUUACUUCUGGGUCUUCCAGGUGUCAAGGACAGCAGUGUAUGGUCCCAGCAUGUGUCUGGUUCUGCUUUGAUUCUUCCCUCACAGCUGGUUAGGGGUGUUCUUCCACUUUUUUGGCGGAUCAAGACAUUCCCAGAGAUGUGUUUGAGUUACUGGUAGAGUUGACUAUAAUCAGGUUCACAUUUCUUGAGUCCAGCCUAUACCUUGUCAAUCAGAUUAGGGCUAUCCAGCUUGAGCUAAGGAGCCUCACAGAGUACCAGGGCUCCUUCAUUGCUCCAUGCCUAUUAUCCAGGUGUCUCUACCUAUAGUGUGUCACUCUAUAUUCAGUGUCAGCCCUGCAGCUAGAAAUGGUGAUGAGAUAGGGACUUAGAAGGGAAAGACUCUUCUUUGCUUAGUACCUAGGAAGGGACCUGAUCUGGGGAUUGUGGAAUGGAAGGCUGCUGUGUGAAAUGGUGGACUCUGAAAUGAGUCUUUGUUCUUGGCCAUCAUAGUGCCCAGAAAAGCCUUUUUCGUAAGAUUGUCUUGGAAAUCUGGCCCAGUGCCUUUGUCAUUUCCAUUAAGUAGAAAACAUGAUGGAGUGCUUCAGUGGGGCUGUUUUUCUGUUGCUGCUUUGCCAAGCAGUAGUUCUGGUUGCAUGUUCCGUUGUCCUGUGCUGGGUACUGUUUUGGGGGAUGUUUUGAACUGGAUUCUAGAUACAGAGAACACCUCUGAGUGACUGGUAAUCCCAGUUUACGGAAUUGGCUAGUAUCAACUAGUGAGUGGCUGUUAGGAUUUGUUUAACUCCCUUGUCUCUUUUCAAAGCAAAUGUGACUUUAACUCUAAUACUGCCUCCCAGAUGCCUCAGUUGCCCUAAUGUGUUGGAGCUUAAGAAUUGUUUAUGGUAAUUCUGGUUGAAAAUGCAGAGCCCCCAUCUCUGUCUCCAGAUGUUAUCUGGCCAGAGCCCCAGGAGUUUGUUUUUAACACACACACUGCCUGGGUGAUUCAGAUCUUGAUGCAAAUUUGUAGAUUUGCUGGGCCAAUGGAGCUUGGAUAUGAGGUGGAUAUCAGGAUUCUUGUUGCCUCUUGCUUAUUGCUUUGGCAUGUGUUAAUGUGCCAUUCAGAGGGCUUUGAGAUAAAUAGCCACAUGACUCAUUCCUGGACACUUUUGGCUCCUAGUAGUGGGGUUUUUCCAGACGGACCAAUGAGGUCAUUGAGGACCUGCAUUGGAGCAGUUGAAUUGCUGUUGUGGGCGGCGGCGGGGGUGGGGAGGUUGUGUUAGCAGUUUCCUCUUGGGAUCUGGAGUUCCUGGAAGGUGCUCAUCUGUCCCUACCCAGACUGCCCUGUGACACAGGUUUCAGUGAUGGCCACAGCCUUUAGGUUGUGUGGGCUUUGGCUGCAUGUUCCACAAAUCCCUUCCUCCAUUCUCUCCUCUUUACCUGCUUUCCCUGGCUGUCUGGGAGAAGGUAGAUAUCAAACAGGUUUGCCUUGAUUGGGCUGGAGUUGACAGGUGAGGCCCUGGGGCUUAGGAUGGGCUCCAGAAGGGAGUCUCCACUGUGAACUUCAAGGUAGCUUCAGCUAGCUGGGCCUCUUCACUGAAGACCUGUGAGUGUUUUAACCCCCACAGCGAAGGUAUCCAUCUCCCCGACAGGUUCUCAAGCAGCAGAAGGAGCAGGCUAGGAUUGUGCUGUUACUUUAUUUUCCUGCCCCAUAAACAGCAACUUUGCAUUUAAUAUCUUUGUGAGCAGAGGGCUUAAUGUGUUGGGUACUUUUCCUAUUGCUGCGGUAGAAAUACCUGGACACAGUCCAUCAAAAAAGUGAAGGGGGUUAACUCAGGGCACAGACCUUUCUGAGGUGGAGUGAUGGUGGCAGGAGCUUGAGGUGGUUGAUCAUGCUGCACUGUUGUCAGCCAUCAGAGCCGUGGAUGCUACUGCUCAGCUCAUGCUCUCUGCUCAGUCCAGGACCUCAGCCUAUGCUGCUGUCCAAGCUGAGGUGGGAAGACCUCUUUCAAUUAAGUGAGUAAGACAGUCCCUCACAGGCCUGCCCUGGUCUCCUAGGUGGUGAAAGACCUGUCUCAUUGACAAACCACCAUGGUUACUUUUUAUUUUAUCAUCUUUAGAUGGGGCCUUGUGUAGGCCAGACUGGCUUUGACUUGCUCUGUAACAGAGGAACCUUGAACUUCACCUUCCUGCUUCCACUACCCAAGUGCUGGGGUUACAGGCGUGUCCUACCACACCUGACUUGUGUCGUGCACGGGAUCACACCCAGGGCUUCACCUGGGUCAAAUAAGCACUCUUCCAACUGAGCCAGGCCUUGAUUUAAACUGUUUUAAAUUUGCCAUGACUCGUGUUGUGUCCUAGGAUGUGGUAUAUCUUGGCAAAUGUUUUAGGAAAACUUCAGAAAAAAGCGUGCCCUGCGGUCGUGUGGAGUGUUCUAUAAAUUUCAGUGGUCAAGUCCAGUCUGUUGGGAGUGCUGGCCACUUGUUUUCUCUCGUCUUGGAGGGAGACACCCCAAAGACCUAGUACCCUUCAUUCUUAGUAUUAUGGCUUUAGGUAAGUGGCCUAGGGUGUAGGGAGGGACCUCAGCUCUCUGUUUUAUCUCUCUGAGCUUCUCAGCAGCAGCAACUAACUAGCAGCUCUUCCUUAAACUCCCAGCAGCCAGAGGCUCGCUGCUCUCCCACAGUCCCUUGCCUUUUGUAGCUUCUGUUCUUGCUCUUCACAGCUUUUCACCUCUGCAAUCUGCUCCCAGCACGUCCAUCUUUUUUCUCAGUCUCUGUCCCUGGCCGUAAGAGGCCACUGCCACCUGCUAGCUGCUGCUGGGUGUGGAAAGCUGGCAGCCCUGGAGUUACCUGUUCUUCACACAAUCAGCUUGGCGUUCUCUACUCCUUGGCAACCAGAGUACCGAAAGGAAGCUUUCUUGGGGCCUGUGCUGCAGCAUUCAGGACAGUGUAGGGGAGCGAGGAGGUUUCCCAGCAGAGGGAGAGCAUACCUUUCUUAGCUGACCAGUCAGUCCUACAAACUCACUAGCUGUCCCAGGUUGGGGCAGAGCUCCUCCCUGACGGGGUUGAGGAUUUGCUGCUAUGAGGUCCCUUGUGAUGAAGUCCAGAGUAGUAGCCAUGGUCUUGGCUAUCUGAAGGGCAUCCUUGCUUUGAUGUGGCCUCAAGAAACCAAAUUCCCCCAAGUAAAGCCUUUGUGGGUGUCCUGGCCUUGACAGUUGUAUGGUCAGAGCAAAAUCCUUGGAGAAUGACUGUGUCUGGCUUGGGUUUCCUCUGGGAGACUGAAGUCCUAACAGUCGGAGGGGUUUUGAAACAGCAUGAUUUGUCAAUUUACAGAAUUGUCAGAGAAGUGGCUAAUUUAUUGGCAGCUUAUGCAAUUUUCAUGAAAAUGGGGGUUUCUUAAGUUGGCUGUCUCUGGUAAAACUUCGGGAGUGGAGGAGGCCACAGUGUUCCUGACAACUCUCCCUCAGUCUGGGAGUCAGGGAAGAUUUCCACCUCCUCUGUCCUUGCCCAGCCUAGGGCAGGUUGUUUAAGUACUGCUCUGGGUAAUUACUUACAUCUGGGAAUGCUGGGAAGAAGGGGCUAAUGGUUGCCAGUCAAAUCCUACUUAUGCCUGACAGCUUCCAUAAAUCAAAAGGAAAAAUUAAUUGACACUUCUAAUAAAGAUCUCUUAUACAAUAAACAUUUUAUUUACUUAUUUUUCUUUUUUGAGACAGGGUCUCUACAUAACCCUGGCCAUCCUGGAGCUUACUCUGUAGAUCAGGCUGUUCUUGAACUCAGAGAUCUGUCUGCCUCUGUCUCUUAGGUGCUGGGAAUAAAGGAGCCUCCCACCAUGCUCACAAGUCUUGGGUUUGAAGUUAGGGUUAGUGGAGUUGACUGAGACUGCCAAGGAACCCUGCAACUGAGUGACGAAAGUUGACAAUUAGAAGGUGGACAGAGGACUAAAGCAGUAUUUCUCCAGAGAAUAUAUGAAUAAUGACCAAAAGUCCCUAAACAGAUAUGUGUGCAUCAUUAGUCAGGGAAAUGCAAAUUAAAACCAUAGUGUAACACAAGUAUGCUGGCUGGAUGAGCACUAAAAAUAGGAAAAGAGCCUGGUGGUGGCUCAGUCGGUACAGCGCACAAGGACCGGAGAAGCCGAGUAAAGGCUGAGCACGUGUCACAAGCCUUUGCUGGGGAAGAUGGAGACAGGAGACUCUGAAGCCCAUUGGCCAGCCCAUCUAGCCAAUCAGCUAGCCUCAAGUUCACUGAGAAUGCCUGUCUCAAAAAAUAAAGAUGACUGGAAGAGAGAUGCCCAAGUCAGCCUCUGCAUGCACAAAUACACAUGCACACACUAAUAAGAAUUUACAUCACAUUUACCACACACACACAUGUAUACACACACCAGUCAGAAUAUACAUCACAUAUACCACACACAUACAUGUGCCCACACCAGUCAGAAUAUACAUCACAUAUACCACACACACAUACAUGUGCCCACACCAGUAAGAAUACACAUCACAGGGGCUGGGGAUUUAGCUCAGUGGUAGAGCGCUUACCUAGGAAGCGCAAGGCCCUGGGUUCGGUCCCCAGCUCCGAAAAAAAAGAACAAAAAAAAAAAAAAAAAAAAAAAAAAAAGAAUACACAUCACUUAUACCACACACAUUAUUAAGAAUAUAUAUCACAUAUACCAUAUGCUCACACACAUACAUGUACAUACACCAAUAAGAAUAAACAUUACAGUCACCACACACAUGCACAUGAGUCACACAUUAAGUGAAAUAGGAAACAAGUGUUAAUGAGAAUGUGGAGAAUUGAAGGCUUGUGGCAAUGUGAAGUGGUUUACCCACUGUGGGAAGCAGCACGGUGAUCCCGCACCUGAUCACUUACUGAGUGACACAGCAGUUCUGCUUCUGUAUCUGCGCUGAAGAAAUGAAAGCAGGAACUGGGACAGCCAUUUGUGUAUGAACACAGCAGCGCUGUUUAUGACAGUCGGAAAGCAGCCACUUCCCCAGUGUCUGUGAACAGGACAGUGACAUGGAAUGAGGUACAGGUAUCCGGCAGCCAGAGUCCGACAGUCUCACAUGGAUGAAGCUCAGAGACAGCGUGUUGUGUGAAGGAGAAGAUGGAGGGGCUGAAAGACAAGACCCUGCAGGAGCUGGAGGAAAUGCAGAAUGACCCAGAAGCCAUUGCCCGGCUGGCCUUGGAAUCGCCUGAGGUUCAGGACCUGCAGUUAGAACGGGAGAUGGCUCUGGCCACCAACCGGAGCCUGGCAGAGCAGAACCUGGAGUUCCAAGGUCCCCUGGAAAUCAGCCGCUCUAACCUCUCAGACAAAUACCAGGAGCUGCGGAAGCUUGUGGAGCGGUGCCAGGAGCAGAAAGCCAAGCUGGAGAAAUUUUCCUCAGCACUGCAGCCUGGGACCUUGUUGGACCUUCUACAGAUUGAAGGCAUGAAGAUCGAGGAGGAGUCUGAGGCCAUGGCUGAGAAGUUCCUGGAAGGUGAGGUGCCCUUGGAGACAUUCUUAGAGUCCUUUUCUUCCAUGAGGACACUGCUGCACCUGCGUCGAGUUCGUGUAGAGAAGCUCCAGGACGUGGUGAGGCGGCCUCGAGCUCUGCCAGAGCUGGCUGGAGAUGCCCCUCCAAAGCGCCCACCACCCCCACGCCCGGCGCCCCAGGCAGCACCCCCUGAGACUGAAGAACAGACUCCGCAGCCCUCUGUAGUGACUCCCUACCCUUUGCCCUACAGCCCAUCCCCAGGCUUGCCUGUGGGCCCCACAGCCCAGGGAGCCCUGCAGCCAGCCCCCUUCCCUGUGGUGACCCAGCCUUCCUCCUAUGGGGGGCCCCUGGGUCCUUCUUACCCAUCACCUCAGCCAGGACCCAGGGCCAUGGUGGGUUACUCUUGGUCUCCACAGAGGAGUGGCCCGCCCCGGCCUGGCUAUCCUGUGGCUCCGACUAGCACCUCUGGUCCAGGAUACCCCUUAGUGGGGGGCCAAACUCCUGGUCCUGGUUAUCCUCAACAGUCCCCUUACUUCCCAUCAGGAAGCAAACCUCCCUACCCAACACAGCCUCAGCUCCCUGGCUUCCCAGGACAGCCCCCGCCGCCAGUGCCCCCUCAACCUCCAUACCCUUCUGGGGUAACACCCCCCUAUGGCUUUCACCCUCCAGGAUCUGCCUGGCCUAGGUAUUAGUCUGGUCCAUGUCCAUCUUCUUCCUUCUACACCACAGCCUUUGGCCUCCAUUUGCUGAGAUUUGAGGUUAACACUGGACCUGGAGGUGACAUGCUCUGAAAUGUUUGGACACACAGGAGCCUUGAGCCUAUAGUUGGAAGCACAUAGGCCUCCUGAAAGGCCCUGAACAGUACAGCAUGAAUCCUUCUGGGAGCUCCUUCUGCCAGGGACCAGCUCAGCACAUCCUGAGUGGCCUGGUGGGGGGGAGCCCAGGGCUCUCUGGUGUCUGUGUGAACGGGUGUGUUCAUGUCUUUGCACAGCUACCUGCGCUUGAUCCCUGACAGCUGAACCAAUGUAGAAUGAUCUUGAUGGCAGGGUGGCCCUGGGUCUCAGACCCUGCUCAUCCGGGCUGUCCCUUGGAACUUGGCAUGUUUGAUGUGGAAUCACAUGCCAAGUGAGGUCAGAGCUCUGACUGUCCAUUUAAGGACAGUCUGUCUUAUUUACCACAGUUGGGUCCUAGGAAAAACGGGGACUUCGUGCCCUGAGAGCCUUAUUUUAGUUGCUGUGCCAAUGUCAGGCAAGUGUAUUCUAUGUGCUGACAAGGACCACAGCAGCAGUGGUAUCGUGAGAGAGUUGGGAUGCCGAGGGAGACCCAGGCCUCAAACUGUAUGGUUAGAUGUCCUGGGGUCACCCUGGAGCCCUUGGCUGGAGUGGGGGACCAGGGUUACCUCCCAGCCAUUUUCCACUCCUGGGCCCCUCCACUUCUGGCUGGCUUUUUCUGAGGUUCACCCACCCCUCCACUCCUUUAGUGCCUUGACUCUUAUUUGCUAGCUGCCCCUUUACCUUGUGUAUUUCCUUCCUUCUCCCAGUGUCCCUGCAGAACAGACACCAGACCUACCCUUUCAGAACAUCCCCAUGGUGCUUCCCAGACAUCAUCACUACACUGGGGCUGCUUUCUCUACACUCUGUUUCCAGACUAAAGGGUAGGACUGUGAGCGCAGCCCCAGCCCUGGAUGGGGCCGAAGCCUGCUUAGUAAUGAAAGUGACUACACCAUAUACUGAAGGGGUUGCAGCAGAUGAUGCAUCUGUAUGGCUGGUCCAGAUGUGAACCAGGUCUCAGGGUGGACCCUGGAGCUGCUACGGGUUAGGAAACUGUAUGUGCCUUGAAACAUCCCCUGCCUGGGUACCCAGCCUCUGGUGGACCAAGGUGCUGGGGGUCAAGGAGGAACCCCAUCUUCUGGUGCCACUCCGCCCACAGACCAGGGGUGCAGUACCAACUCGGCUUGCUUCUCCUAAGUUAUUUAUAACGUGGAAUCACUAAUGGAGUCUGUGGUAGACUGCUGCUGAACUGGAUAAUGACUGCCCGUCUGUUUGUGCAAUUGCCAUAAUAAACGUCGAUGAGUUC